CGUAAAACAGUGGAGCAUCUGUUUUAUUUGGGGAUGUGCAAGUGCUGAUGGUGUUGAAUAUCUCUUCAUUUCAUUGACACUAUGAAUCAUAAAAUAUAUGUCGGGUUUACAUUAAAAUUAGGGUUAGGGUCGUGAAACGAAACUUCGUUUAGAUUACACAUUGUCGUUAUGCAAUAGAGAAGACAUUGACUAGUGCGAAUACGAUUAUUAUAGAAUUGGACAAGUAACCGUGGUAAUUAGAUACUCGAGAAACUAAUGAAAAGGAUCCUAGGUUCAAUAACGAAUCCGCGGUCGACGGGAUGAUAGAUGAACAUGCUCAGAAAAUCUAAGUCGGAUGCGUAAUAUUCACUGAUCGUAAGGUGUUACUCUAUUAGUCGAUGGGACCGCAAGAAAGAAUGACUUUCCGUACCGACGAUGCCACAGAAGAAAACUAUGAUGGGGUAGGUCUAAGGACACGAGAUCAUCGGAUUCGUCGGGGAUAGCCUUCGUUCGGAAAGUAAGGGAAAUUGACGUUGCUGCUAAUUGAAACCGUUAGAAUGUUUACUGCCACGUGCCGCUACAAAUCUUUCUUUUAAGGAGAGCUAUAGGAUUACUCAAUGCCUUUGUUAGAUGGAGAGUUCGUCCCGUUGACCGCGGCCACGUUCGGCGACUAAUUGUCGCCUUGAGCCCAAGCUCAUUGUCACAAGUCUCAAACAAAUACAAUUGGUUAGAAUGACGGCAAAUCGUUUAGUUACAGCUGUAGAUUUUAAUUACAAUGUUUUUAUGGAUUUUCCCGAGGUUUCAGAGGGAAGGCACCGGUGUCCUCUUAUCUCCGACAUAUAUAAUAGCAGGCGAGCUGAACGCAAAACAUACGAGCUGGAAAAACGAAACAAACAACACGAGAGGCAACUGCAUUAGAAACUGGCUAGACAAUAAAAGCACUCACUACAAAACAACCUUAUACAGCUCCGAGCUAUCCUCUUACCCAAAAGGACGCUCAUACCUGGACAUAUGUCUAGCAGAUGCACGACUAAAAUUUCAAAACCUACGUCCAAAUAACACCCUCAAAACCUUAGCCUAUGACAGUGACCAUAACGCCCUAAUAUUUCACGUAAGCAAGAACACAUCUGAUCUCCUAACACUCGAAACACAAACCGAGAUACCCAGGUACAACUACAAAAAGACAGACUGGAAAAAGUUCCAAAACAUACUCUUACAAAACUGUGACCUAAAGAUCUGCAACAACGUCAACCUAACAAACAGACAAAUCGACGCAUUCAUAGACGAAAUAGAAAAACAUACACAAAUCGCUCUCCAAAAAUCUGUGCCAAAUAUAAAACAAAAAAAUUCAUGCGAGCCCUAUAUCAACAACAAAAUAAAAGAGCUACAUCGAGACAAAAGCUACAUAAUCUCCAAAAUAAACAAUAUAAAAUUUAACUAUUCUUACGACAAAAGAGAAGAAUUAGAAUUCCCAAAGUACCUACUAUACAGAAUAAAAGCGCAACUGAAACAAGAAUUCGCAAAUUCCAUAAACCAUUACUGGACAAACAAAAUAAAAAACAUCUCCAAAAACGACUCAGCAAACAUGUUCCCACAAAUAAAUCAAAUCUUUAGACCAAAAGAACAAAACCCCAUCCCACCUCUCAAAUUGCCCCCAGAAAAUGCCUCCCUCAUCCAAGAAGCAGGUAUAACGAUACACAACACCAUCAAAGACACCGAUGGUAACUUCAUAAUAUCUAAAACAAUAGAAAAACUAGACAUUAUCGGCACCCACUUUUCCAAAAUACACACACAAAACGAACACAUGGGCCGAGAAGAACUAAACAGAAUUAUCAUCGCCGAAACAAACAAACUCAAAAAUGAAUUGGAACAAGACAAAACGCUAAACAAAACAGUCUGCACAUUCUCAAACGAAAACACCGCAGACAACCCCAAACAACCAGAUCCAGAAAUAAACUACUUCACAAAUUACAUUCAACUAAACACAAUCUUCUCCAAACUAAACAACAAAAAAUCCUCCGGCUUCGACGGCAUCACAAACAUUUUACUCAAGCGCCUACCGAACGAAAUAAAAUGGUAUUACACAGUACUCUUCGACAAUGCUCUAAACAACAUAUAUUUCCCCAGAAAAUGGAAAAAAUCUGAUUUAACAGUCUGGAUCCCAGGUCUCAUAUACAAAUUGAUCAAGAUAAACCUUCCUAAUCACCUAAUUAAAAUAGUCUGGGACAUCAUGAUCACAAGCAGAACAUUCGUAAUGAUCGAAGGUGCAAACACAUCAAGCAAAGAAUUCUCCAUAACAAACGGUCUGCAACAAGGUACACCUUCGCAGAUGACCUACGUAACAGGCCGCAAAACGAAGACAAUAAAAACUGAACUGCAAGAACUUUUCGAAAAAAUAAACGACUAUUACCACGCAUGGAAACUAAAAAUCAACACAAGCAAAUGCGAAACCAUACUGUUCAGACCCAAGUUAAGUAAAAUCGGCCCAACAGAAAGAGAACACUGCAGAAAAUUCCAAGUAAGAGAAAAAGCAAACAAAGGAGCACUCAUACCACACAAAAACUGCGUAAAAUACCUAGGAAUAAACAUAGACGACAAAUUAAACUACAAGCAGCACACCGAAACCCAACUUGCUAAGGCCAAUAAAGCAUUCUGGAGAAUAAAAAGACUAUUCUACUCCAAACACCUCGACAGCAAAGUAAAAAUACUAUGCUACCAAGCACUAAUCAGAUCAAUCAUUACCUACGGCUGCCCAAUCUGGCCACAUCCCCCCAGAAGCUUUCCUAUACCUAGACGAAAAAAACUACCUCCAGGACCAAAACAACAUCCCAAUAAUAUAUCACAUAAAAAGAAAAACAGGGAUCAAAACCAUACUUUACGAAGAAAACAUAAAUGGACAGACCGCAGACUCCAGAUGGAGAUACAACAUGGUCCUCCCCCUGAAAGACACCAAAGACAAACACAGAAAAAACACAAAAAAAUACUGGUGGGUACAGAACCCAUAGCAAAAUAA